AUGGCGCCUAGACCAAGAGUCGAUGUCAACCAACAGACAGCUGCUGAUAUGAAUGCAGCACGUUCACAAACCUCAAUCAGCGUCCAGACUGUCAGAAACUAUCUAUAUGGUGGGCAGAAAGUGUGGGAUCUGCGUCAACGCCUGGAAAAGAUUCUUGUGCAAGAACCAUUAUUUGACAAACAGCACAGGGACUUUCUAGGCCGGACAGAUCAACAUAUCAGAGCUGCCUCAAUCGUAAAUAGGCUGACUGAGUUACAAAGAAUCCAUGGCUGGUCUCAAGAAGAAUACAAUACAGCCUCGUCACUUCUUUCGGAAGUAGUAUCAAUCCAACUACAUGACGUUGCAUUCCAGCCGGUCUUCCUCGGUCAAGGAUCUCCCGCAUUGAUGGAAAACUAUUGGGACUUGGUGCAUGAGAAGGGCAUUCAAGGGUGUUAUAUGCAAACAGAACUCGGUCACGGUACAAAUGUAGCUCGUCUAGAAACUACUUCGACGUAUAUCCCGGAAACUCAAGAGUUCGAAUUAAACUCUCCCAGUCUUACGAGUACUAAAUGGUGGAUCGGUGCUCUGGGAAAGUCCGCAACUCAUGGUGCUGUCCAGGCAAAGUUGAUCUUGCCGGAUGGGAAGGAUAUGGGACCUCACCUUUUCUUCGUGCAGCUGCGCUCACUAGAGGACCACAAACCUCUCCGAGGAAUCACUGUUGGCGACAUUGGUCCAAAGGCCUCGGGAGGCAUGGCUGCACAAGACCAAGGCUUCGCGAUAUUUGAUCACGUACGGAUACCCAGGACAAACAUGUUCUCGAAGUUUGCCGAGGUCACGAUAGAGGGUAGUUAUAUCCAACCUCCUCACGCAAAACUCAGCUAUGGAGGAAUGAUGUAUAUCAGGGCAACCAUGAUACCGUCGGCCGGAUGGACCAUAGCCAAAGCUGCAACAGUUGCUAUUCGUUACACGACUGUCCGGAGACAGGGCGAACUAGAUGCCAAGGGACUCGAGCGUCAAGUCUUGACAUACCCUUCAACAUACUACCGCUUGUUGCCCAUCCUAUCUAGGGCAUUUGUAUUUAUUGAGCUCGGGAGGUACACGAUCAAAGCGUUGACUCAGAUGCAAGAGCGGCUUGCAAGUCGGGACACUUCCCUUCUUCCAGAGAUGCAUGCUCUCUUGUGUGGCUUAAAAGUCUUUGUCACUACACAAGGAAUUAUUGAUAUUGAAACCGCUCGGCGUUCUAUGGGUGGACAUGGGUACAGUGCAUUUGCUGGGCUAGGACGAUUAUACAUUGAAUACCUCCCCUCCGCAACGUUCGAAGGGGACAACUUUGUCCUGGACGGACAAGUAGUGCGUGCCGCCACAAAGCUAUGCAAAGCUGUGCUUUCGUCAACCUCAGCUGUUGCCAAUCUUCCCCUUCCAUCGGCUUAUCUGCGUCUCUUGUCCACGACCAGCGAGGCCCCUCCACAAGUCACUGCAUCAACUUGGCAUGAUGUCCGCAGCGUUGUCCUUCUUCUAGAGUGGCGUGCUGCUCUUAUGGUCAAGAAUUUCACACAGACGCCAGCGAGUGGAGAUGUCGAUGCGAACGUCAAUCAGCGCUUGGCCAGAGCUAUAACAGAGGCUUUUGUCGCAGCACAGGUCGGUGAGAUGAUCAACAAUCUCACCAAUUUACCUUCGGAGGACGCGAGAGUCGUUGGCUGCCUUUAUAGGCUGUACUUACUAACGAGUGCUGAAAGUGCACUCGUGGACCUCCUUUCGGUUGGGUUGAUUCGUCAUACGGGUGCUGGCGAUCCUACGCAAGAUCUGCGUUUAGCCGUCAAAGCCCUUUGUCUUGAAGUCCUGCCCAAUGCCAUUGGUCUAACAGAUGCUUUCGGCUUCUCGGAUUGGUCCCUAGACAGCGCACUGGGAGUCUUCGAUGGCCGCGUUUAUGAGGCACUCUGGAAACGAGUGCAGAUGGAGCCGAUGAACAAGUAUGAAGUUACUCCCGCUUAUGCUCCUUACAUUCGACCCAUGCUACAACGCGGGCAAGCUGCGGCUCAGCAGAAGAUGAAGCUCAAAAGUAGACUCUGA